AACAUUUAAAAUAGUUACUGUAAAGAUUGCAUGGGAAUAGUGAGGGGUUAUGCGGCCGAUAAAUUGUGUUAUACGAGGAAAUGUUGUAUGAGAUCCUGAAUAGGUAAUGUGACGGGAUACUCUGAUGUCCUGAAUAGAUGUGCCUUCUGUCCCUGUUCAUCCAUUCGUGCCCUGUGACGUUUUCACCACUGAGGACUGCUCAGGCAGUGAUGAUGAUGCGCCCAAAGAGGAGGCGCUUAAUAUGCCACCACGCUGGAUAGAAUCUGUAAAUAAGCCGAAUAGUUACACAGAGUGGACUAAGCUGGUGUCUGUUGCAGAGGGAAAGAAAAACCUGGCAGCUUGUAGGAAAGUGUACGAUGCUUUUCUCAUGCAAUUCCCACUCGCUCACAUCUACUGGAGAAAGUAUGCAGAGACGGUGAACAAGAUUGGCACUGCAGAAGAAGCUGAAAAGGUCUAUAUUCGUGCUGUGAAGGUGAAUCCACUCAAUAUAGCCAUGUGGGUAAAUUACAUCUCCUACGUGAAAAAAACCUUGAAUAUGUCUCUGCCAGAAUCUCAAGAGAAAUUGGAUCGGGUGAUUAUGGAUGCCGUGGAUGCUGCCGGCUCGGACUACCUCUCGGAUGGUCUGUGGAAUCUUUGCAUAGAGUGGGUGAUAAAAUUGGGUCAUCUAAAAAGAGCACUAGCACUAAUGGACCGUUUACUUUGUAUCCCCACUCAGCAGUAUCAGUAUCAUUUUAUGAGACUUACUCAGUUUGUAUCUAGAUAUUCACCUGUUGACAUAUUGAGCUCGGAGGAGCUUGAAUGGAUCUACUCAAACGUUCAAAUUGAGAAUGAAAAGGAAAAUGAUCAGGUUGCUGAUGAAGACUGUCCGCCAGAGGAUAUUAUACAGUCAUUAACGGAAUCUGAGAUUACAAAGUUUCGUGAACACAUAAUAAAGAGCAGGGAACAACUAUAUCUCUUAAAUGAAGAGGAAGUUAAAAAACGCUGUCCAUUUGAAAGGGAGAUAACAAUCCAUUAUUUCAAUGCCUUACCAAUAAAUGUGAAGCAGCUACAAAGCUGGAGAAGAUAUCUGGACUUUGAGAUUUCUCAGGGUCUGCAUGAUCGGAUAGUCAUACUGUAUGAGCGCUGCCUGAUGUCCUGCACAUUAUACGAAGAUUUCUGGCUGUCGUAUGCCCGAUAUAUGGAGAACUAUUCUAUUGAAUUUGCUCGUUCUAUAUAUGAGAGAGCUUGUCUGAUUCAUUUGCCAAAGAAAGUUACUCUACAUCUUCGUUGGGCAGAGUUUGAAGAGAAACAUGGACGUGUCGAUGCAGCCCGUAUUAUCUUGUGUAACACAGAUAAUAUGAAUCCUGGUUUGGCCAUGGUGCGUCUGAGACGUGUGAAUUUGGAAAGGCGAAAUGGGAAUCUACAGGAGGCAGAGAGGCUCCUGAGGGAAGCUGUGCAAUACAGUUUAGGCAAGGAGCUGGCAGUAUUUUACUCUGUCAAGCUGGCACGGCUUCUGCUAAAACUCAAGAAGGAUCCAUCGAAAGCAAGAGAUGUUAUCACUGAAGCUCUGCAGAAGGAACCGGAUAAUAUCUGCCUUCACCAAUGCCUGCUGGAGAUUGAGAUGUCCAGAAAUGCUACUGAUGACGCUGUGCUCUGCGUGGAGAAAGCCGUGCAAAGUAAUCUCCAUAUUGAUGCCAAGAGACAGCUGUUACAGAGACUUCUUCAGUUCCUAGAGGACUACGGCAGUAGUGUCACAAGUUGGCUCGUUGCCUUUGACAAACGCAAAACACUGCUGCCUGAGCAGGAAGACGUGAUGAACGAAGCAGACGAAUGUUGGCUCGGUGCCUUUGACAAACACAAAACACUGCUGCCUGAGCAGGAAGACGUGAUGAACGAAGCAGACGAAGGUUGGCUCGGUGCCUUUGACAAACACAAAACACUGCUGCCUGAGCAGGAAGACGUGAUGAACGAAGCAGACGAAGGGGACAAAAGUGAUGCUUCUGCCUCCACUACAGAAUCUGUAAAGGCUUCUACGGAUAAAAUAGUCCCUGAAUCUUCAUCAACUCCAACAACAAAUAGUGUAAUUACGGAUGCUGCACCAACUGCACCAACACAAACUAAAUGCACAAUAAUACCACCUCACAGACCAUUAAUGCGACCUCCACAAACAUAUUAUGGUCCUCCUCGUCCUAUGUUUGCAGGAGGUCCCUUUCCCUAUAGACAGCCAUGCUAUAUGGGAGGACCAUCUACACCUUUUUUCACAAGCCAAGAGGCAUGGCGUCCGAGCUUUGGACCAUUUAAUGUCCCUCCGCCAUGGGGUCAGAACAGAUUUUAUCCACCUUUUUGACUUGCAUUUUUCAAUAGUUCUUGACUAGUGGUCCUAUUGCAAUGAGGGGGCUACUUCUGCUUUAUUUAAGUGAAUUUUCCUAUGAGGUUUGUUGUUGCUUCUCAGUGAAGUCUAGAAAGGACAGUUGCAUUCUAUAACGGUGUGUAACGUGCGUGGGCAUUGGAUAUCUAAACAACACCAGAUGACCAACUUUUGGAAUUGUCACAUACAACCACCCAAUCUACACAUCUAUGCAGCAGCUAGUUUAUAUUGAUUUUCAUUUAAUUUUUAGCUUUCUACACAUGGUUUUACAUAUGCUGAGAAAUACAACUUCCUAUAUGAUGUGAUGCUACUUAAAACUGUUCAAUUCCCUUAUUGUUUAACGUUCUUUACGCCAUUUGUAAAUAAAAAUAUGGGCAACUGAUGUUUCAUUUUUAGACCGUAGUAUAUAUUACUUUUUUGUAUGCACUUGUUUUUAUUUUUUUGAGCAUUGUUUAUGAAAAGAAAAAAUGUAAUGCAGAGUCUAUCCUUACCAAUAAAAUCAGUUCACCAUCAACCAUA